GAGGAGGAAGAAGAUUUCGGCGCCGAUUUGUGGAAUGACACCACCAAGUUGCUCGGAGAUGUCGCAUCACUCUACCUCAACCAGAAAUUUUCCGAUAUUGCUUUGCUCGUUGAUGGCGAAAAAAUAUAUGCUCACAAGGUGAUUCUGGCCGUGAGGAGCGAAUACUUCGAGUCUCUACUAUACGAAGAUCCGCAAAACACAAAACAGACCGAAAUAACCAUAACCGGUGCGUCUCUGGAUGCUUUACGUAGUCUGUUGAAAUACAUUUAUACAGGUACCAUCAAUGUUUUGUCCGAUGUUGAAACAACCCUCCAGAUGCUAGGACUCGCCCACCAGUAUUCAUUCGCAGACCUCCAGACUGCCCUCAUCAAACAAAUAAAACCUCUUUUAAAUUUGGAAAAUAUUUGCACCGUCUUCAACACUGCCAAUAUUUACGAUUUAGAAGAACUUCUCCAAACUUGCCAUUCUUUCAUGGAACUUAAUGCAUUAGAAGUCGUUGCUGGUGACUGUUUCACCGACCUGUCCCAAAAAUCGAUGAUUAAACUUUUAGAACGCAGUACUUUUUUUGCUCCCGAAAUCGAAAUUUUCAAAGGCGUGGCUAAGUGGUGCAAAAUCAACAACGACGUUGAUGAUUUAGUUAUACAGUGUGUUCGUUUAUCUUGGAUGACUGUCGUGGACAUCGUCUCUACAGUCUGGCCUUCGAGAUUAUUCGAUUGCGAAAAAUUGUUACAGGCAAUUGCCGAAAUCGUUGGAGUCAAAACAAAACUUUCUACCUCUAGAGGGUUCUAUCUUUUGGACGAAAAUUUAGCGACUGUACAACACAAAGCUGAAGUGAUUUCUGGAUCAAAUUCAUCUUGGUUGUUGAUGGGCGGUGGAAACGUAGAGAGCAAGUUUACGUCCCACUAUAUAGACGGUAAAAGUGCGAUUAUUGUGAAGCUUGGUGCUCCAUCUUUUGUAAAUCACUUUAAAAUGCGACUAUGGGAUGGCGAUCAACGGUACUAUUCUUAUUACAUUUCGGUUUCGCUUGAUCAAAAGAACUGGAAAAGAGUUAUCGACUACAGUCUUAUUAGUUGUCGUUCUGACCAGGUUUUGUUUUUUAAUCAGCAAGUGGUUAAGUACAUAAAAAUCGGGGGAACACAUAACACCGCUAAUAAUGGGUUUCACAUCAUAUCUUUUGAAGCGUAUUUCAAAAAUGACGUCCCUACAACCACAAAUGGCAUUAUCUGCCCAAAUUAUAACGUUGCAACUUUAGAUAAGAAAGCGGUUGUGAUUAAAGGUGAGAAUCCUUCCGCGUUGCUGGAUGGUAAUGCACGUGACUACGAUGGGAACAAAGGCUUUUCCUAUCAUUUUUUUGACAAAGGAAAUCUUACCAUACAACUGGCUCAACCUUACAUGAUUUCAACAAUGAAACUUUUAUUAUGGGAUGGAGAUGGCAGGCACUAUAGAUAUUUGGUUGAAACUUCUGUAAAUAAUUCAAACUGGGAAAUUGCGGUCGAUCUACGAAACAAAGAUUGUAGAUCUUGGCAGAAUCUUCUUUUUAAAGAGAGAGCUGUAGUUUUUAUAAGGAUAACGGGAACUCAUAAUACUGAUACGGGCAACACCGGUUUCCAUGUGGUUCAUUUCGAAUGUCCGUCCGAGGUGUGAAAGACAUGAAUUAAAGAUUUGGCGACUGCUGACAAGGUUUCAAAGUGUAUGCUUUUGAAUGACAAAUAAAAUAAUUUUAUCAAA